GACGGGCGACCGGCUGGCCGGGGGCGCCGCACACCUCCUCCACCUCUUCUUCUUCUUGCCACGACCACAACACACAAUGUAACAACAACAACUACUACUACUACUACUACUACUACUAGUGUCGUCCGCGCGAACCACGUUCUCAAUGUACUCGAUGUGAUGAACCGUCCUAUCCAAGUGAAGCCAGCGGACAGUGAAAACCGCGGAGAGUGCAUGAUGGACGACGGGAGCGCCUGUGCCAUCUUCUGGAAGUAGGAAGCACCGGUUUCGGCCGCUGAAGGUAACUUCGACUUCCAGGAGAUAGCUAGCUUCCUUCCAGUACCUCUAUUCUUCUUCUCCGCAAAUUGGCAGAAAGAGAACUUCCCCCCUCGAUGAAAUGAGAACAAAAUGAAUAAGGAAAAAGAAACGGGUCCAACUACCCAGCCCUUCAUUCUCUCCCACCAACAUCACGCCAACACCGCUGAUUCAGCCAGCACAGCCCGCCGCAAAGUUCAUUUUGCUGCUCGCUAGUGUUUGAACCACCAAACUCCAGCAUUCCCUCACGAACCACUAUCCCUUAGCCCGACUUAGUGCAGCCGGUACAUGUCUAUUCGUCGAGAAGGCUAAAUUUGCACAAAGAGCUCGUCCAAAUUCUUUCGCAAAAAAAAAAAAAAAAAAAAAAAAGGUCUCGAAUUUCUCGGAACUUUUGACACACACGCGUGACUCAUCAGGACUCUCGCGUACGUUUAAGAUUCUGUGCGUGAAUUGGAUCUGGAUUGGCACAAACAAUUGGUUCAAAAUUCAAAAGUUCGAUUUCCCCAACACAUUGAUUUCCAAAAAUCAAAAUCUCUUCGCUAACAAAAAUUCUCGAGAUGCUCUCAGCUGAAAAUUCAAUCGUAAUAACUCGCACUGCUUAUCCGCGCGAUAAAAACGCUAUUGGGCUCCUCUGUAUCAGUCUCGCCAUCCCCUUCUCAUCCGUUUCUCAUCCGGCACGAUACGCAUCAUUUUACGCAUUACAGAAGACAGAAAGCUGUUCGUUGGUAUGUUAAGCAAGCAACAAACUGAAGACGAUGUGCGACAGCUGUUUACUACCUUCGGUUCAAUAGAGGAGUGCACCAUCCUCCGUGGACCCGACGGAAGCAGCAGAGGCUGUGCCUUCGUAAAACUUUCAUCACACCAAGAAGCACUGGCAGCAAUAAACUCUCUACACGGUAGCCAAACUAUGCCGGGUGCGUCAUCCAGUAUAGUGGUAAAAUUCGCAGACACUGAUAAAGAGAGACAGAUAAGACGCAUGCAGCAAAUGGCCGGGAACAUGAGCAUCCUUAACCCCUUCUUCAAUCAUUUCGGCGCUUACAACGCUUAUGCUCAGCAGCAAGCGGCGCUUAUGGCAGCAGCGACUGCACAAGGGACGUACAUCAAUCCAAUGACUGCGUUGGCUGGACAGUUACCGCAUUCAUUGAAUGGCAUGCCAAAUCCUGUGGUUCCACCAACCUCUGGUUUGCUCGUAGGUACCGGCACAGGGCAACCGGUUAACGGAGCACUACCGUCGUUACCAUCGCCAACGAUGCCCAAUUUUAACAUGGCUGCUCAAACGCCGAACGGCCAGCCAGCAGGCUCGGAUCCAGGUGUCUACACCAACGGAAUACCGCAGACUUAUGCGGGACAUGCCCUCCAUCUGUCCAUUCCAGCGCAGGGGUUAGCCAACGGGGAGGCGGCACUUCAGCAUGCCGCCGCGUAUCCUGGAAUGCAGGCUUAUGCUGGAGUGGCCGCUUACCCCGCCGUCUACGGCCAGUUUCCUCAGGCUAUUCCUCAGCCGAUGACUGCGGUGGCACCCACGCAGAGGGAAGGAUGCUCUAUCUCAGGACCCGAGGGCUGCAACCUGUUCAUCUACCACCUGCCCCAGGAGUUUGGUGACGGCGAGCUCAUGCAGAUGUUCCUCCCGUUUGGCAACGUCAUCUCAUCCAAAGUUUUCAUCGACCGGGCAACCAACCAGAGUAAAUGCUUUGGUUUCGUGUCGUUCGAUAAUCCAGCGAGUGCGCAUGCAGCAAUCCAAGCGAUGAACGGCUUCCAAAUAGGGAUGAAACGAUUAAAAGUCCAAUUGAAGAGGCCCAAGGACGCCAGCCGGCCAUACUAACCCACGUCCUAGCCUAGAAAAUCUGGACGAGUCGCGCCCUAUGUCGUAACUAACAGAAUAUCGUCCGAGAACGUGAACUCGAUGGACGCUCGACGAUCAGGAGUGAUAAGUUGAAUCACCGUUACAACGCUCUCCGCCGUAACAACUUAGUAUACUAGCUAGUUAAUUCAUUAGAGGGUAAAAAUUUAGAAGUCAGUAGGAACGGCUUCAACGUCGUUGAAGUUCGUGCGGCGGCAGCGGCGAAGAGGCUGAAACGUAUGCGAUGAAGGAUGUUCUGCGCUGAACCCAGUCCGAGUAGAAGAGCUGAAGAAAGAAGAGGACGAGACACGCUGAGACGACGUUUCCCAGAUGUACAGAUAAUUGGAAUUCAUCAAUAAGCAACAUCGGCUUUCCCCUGUCUCCUUUUCGUCCAAUCCCACACUACAAAUCUGCAUGUUUCUUUCUGUCCUCCGCGAGUCUAGCCUCUGAUCCCUACUGCCAGGUGAGAGAUUACGUUCGAACUCGAGGACGAGGGCGCGAAUGGACAUUGAGCGUGCAGCGAAACCUGUCGCGAACAUUUCGAGGAUUCGGAGAGAUCUGCCAGAAGCACUGGAAAUAUUAAAACCGAUCACGUCGUUCGGAUACAUGGCGACACCGUUAUAGUUACCCGCGCGAGUCACGACAUCGCGCCACGACGAUCGUCCAGCUCCAAACCGACAAUAGCUAAAUCACGAAAUAUCCCGUCGAAAAAAAACGCCCCAUAGGAGUCUCGUCGUGUUCGUUGUGACAGUCCGACGAAUGCAAAGCGCGGAAAAGAUGCCAGAGGAAAAUUUGACCAACUCGUACAUCCGGUCAGAUUGAUCCUCGACGAGGACCCUCGACGAGGCCGGAUCGUCGUGUCCGUCGGCCGGACAGAACAGCUCCGACGAUCGCCGUAGUACGAGAGGCUGGCGAAUCUUCUCUACUCGUACGCAACGAACGAUUUAAUCGUCGCGAUGAAGACCCCACGCGACGACGACGACGAGACGGAUAAAUAAUCCCCGCGCGACUGAUGAAAGUAGGAUAAAACGCAGGCUCGUCCCGAAGACGCGGACGAGGUCCGAUAUCUCUCUCCCAAAAAGACAAAUGUCAAUCAUACGUUAUACAGGGUGCUCGUCUGACGAAACGCGUCUGAAAACUUUGAAAAAAAGAAAAAGACAAAAAAUACAAAAAAAAAA